CUUCGACGCCGACAAGUGCCUGGGGCCAGCCGCGGUCCCGCCGAGCCCCCCCGCGACCCGCCGGAAACUUUCUCGGGGGAGAGCAUCUCCUUUUCCUCACGCCCUCCCCGCGGCCCUUCAUGCCGCUACCGAGGGAGCCCCAGCGCGUCCCAGCGCCGCGGCCCGAGCCCGCAGGGGUGCUGGUGCCAGAAGAAAAGGAUGAUUGAUGGGAAAGAGACACCAGCCUAUAGACACUCACCCUCUUCCUUCGGAUACUGAUUUAUCAGUGUGUCCAGGCAUCCCCUGCGAGCCCUGAACACAGAGGAUCACUCAGGGUUAUCGACAGUGUAGCUGAAGACCUGCAACUUCACAAAUUAUUAUCUGCUGUCGGACAUCUUUUACAAGAAGCCCUGACAGAUAAGUUAUAAGAUGAAGGACAAGCUCUGCAUGGCUGUGAAAGGCUGUCAUCAGGGCCUGGGUGGCUUCUACCAAAGUCUUUAACACAGUGAAACAAACAUCCUAUCCUAAUGCUUCACGUUUGAGUUGGAACCUAUUUUAUAAAUCUAUACAUGUAUAUGUACAUAUAAUCUCUAGACUGCACAUACGCCAGCACUGAGCAUCCUUACGAAGCUGACAUAAAAGGAUUUAGAAAUGUAUUUGUCAAGAUUCCUGUCACUUCACGCCCUCUGGGUUACUGUAUCCUCCGUGAUGCAGCACUACCCUUCUGUGUGGGGACACUAUGACGUGUGUAAGACUCAGAUUUACACAGAAGAAGGAAAAGUAUGGGAUUACAUGGCCUGCCAGCCAGAGGCAAGAGACAUGAUCAAAUAUGUAAAAGUGACUCUGGAUCCCCCAGACAUAACAUGUGGAGAUCCUCCUGAGACUUUCUGUGCAAUGGGGAAUCCCUACAUGUGCAAUAAUGAAUGUGAUGCGAGUACCCAAGAACUGGCUCAUCCUCCAGAACUGAUGUUCGAUCUGGAAGGAAGACACCCCUCCACGUUUUGGCAGUCCACAACUUGGAAGGACUAUCCGAAGCCUCUUCAUGUUAAUAUUACACUCUCCUGGAACAAAACCAUUGAGCUUACAGAUAACAUAGUUAUCACCUUUGAAUCUGGCCGUCCAGACCAAAUGAUCCUGGAGAAGUCACUCGACUAUGGACGAACUUGGCAGCCCUAUCAAUACUAUGCCACAGACUGCUUAGAUGCUUUUCACAUGGAUCCAAAAUCAGUGAGGGAUUUAUCACAGCACACAGUCCUAGAAAUCAUUUGCACAGAGGAAUACUCUACCGGGUACAUGACAAAUAGUAAAAUAAUCCACUUUGAAAUCAAAGACAGAUUUGCUUUUUUUGCUGGACCUCGGCUUCAUAACAUGGCUUCUCUUUAUGGCCAGCUUGACACCACCAAGAAGUUAAGAGAUUUCUUUACCAUCACAGAUCUGAGGAUAAGACUGCUUAGGCCAGCAACUGGUGAAAUAUAUGUAGAUGAGCAACACCUGGCACGCUACUUUUAUGCAAUUUCAGACAUAAGGGUAUAUGGAAGGUGUAAGUGCAACCUUCAUGCUACUGGCUGUAAAGAAGAAAACAAAAGACUACUUUGUGAAUGUGAGCAUAACACAACGGGCCCAGACUGUGGAAAAUGCAAGAAGAAUUAUCAGGGCCGACCGUGGAGCCCUGGUUCUUAUCUGCCUAUACCUAAGGGCACUGCUAAUAUCUGUAUACCCAGUAUUUCCAGUAUUGGUAAUCCUCCAAAGUUUGAUAGGAUAUGGCCGAAUAUUUCUUCCCUUGAGGUUUCUAAACCAAACCAAGUUGCUCCCAAAUUAGCUAUGUCAACUGUUUCUUCUGUUCAAGUUGCAAACCACAAGAGAGACUGUGAAUGCUUCGGGCACUCCAACCGGUGCAGUUACAUCGAGCUGCUCAAUACGGUCAUUUGCGUGAGCUGUAAGCACAACACUAGAGGUCAGCACUGCGAGUUAUGCAGGCUGGGCUACUUCAGAAAUGCUUCUGCAGAGCUGGACGAUGAAAAUGUGUGCAUAGACUGUUAUUGUAACCCUUUUGGUUCAGUCCAUGAUCGCUGUAAUGACAGAGGAUUUUGUGAGUGUAAGGAGGGAGCAUCAGGGCCUAAAUGUGAUAAAUGUCUGCCGGGAUAUAUCUGGCACAGCUUGGGCUGUCAACCAAACGUGUGUGACAAUGAACUCCUGCACUGCCAGAACGGGGGAACCUGCAUCAACAACGUGCGGUGCCAGUGUCCCCCGGCCUACACGGGCAUCCUGUGCGAGAAGCUCAAGUGCGAGCGGGAGCCGGGCGGCUGCGGCCAGAGCUCGGCCCGGGGCCUGCCGGGGCCGGGGCCGCUGCUGCCCGCGCUGCUCGCGGCCUGGGCGCUCCGCGCCUGCUGA